GUAAAUCUGUUGCGAUCACAAAAGUCUCGGUUAUAAGUAGCCUCUUUCAUCCUAUCCUUCAGUUUUUCUCAAGACACCGUCCGAGAUGAGGUCGUCAGUGUGUAUUUUGUCGAUAGUAUUUUUUCAAGCAUGUUUGUUACAGACCGCGCUAGCUCUACCCUCCCUGGCGCUCGUCCCAGCCCAGUCUUCCAAGUUUUUCGAGGAAUGGCUCGCUACUUUUGAUCCAAAUACACCGGGUGAACGGAAUAGCGCUCUCUGUGAAAAUGCAGGCGAUGGUUUUUACGCAUUUCCAGAUAAUCCUAACUGCAAUCCAAACUACUACGCAUGUAUAGGAGGUGUUCAAUACAACCAGACUUGUCCUGGCAAUAGCGUGUUUGAGCCGGCCCUUGGAAAUUGUCUUAGUCCCGACACGGCACCAUCAUGCAAAAUAACGACAACGACACCCAUGACAACAACUACCGUGACAACGACACCCGUGUCCACCACUACCGUGUCCACCACUACCGUGAAAACAACGACAACAACCACUGCACCUUUUUCGUGUACAUCGGACGGGUUCUACCCUGUUGGGACAUGUUCUACUAGUUACUACGCGUGCGUUGGUGGUGUUGUCUAUCCUCAGACAUGUCCAGGCAAUGGUAUUUUCGAUCCAUCGAUAUCCGCUUGUGUUGCACCGGAAUCUUUGCCAUCAUGCCCACCAAUAACUAGCACUGUACCAAUUACUACCACGAUUCCCAGCACUAGUACCAUAACGACUCCAAGCACCACGGUGGCCACUACAACACUCACUUCUACCACUACAGCACCGCCCACUACAACCACUACAGCACCGCCCACUACAACUACUACCAUCACCACUACCCCGGCUAGUACAGGCACCACAAUUUUCACGUGCACUCAAGAUGGAUUUUUUCCCAUGGGCAGCUGUCUAUCUACUUACUACGCGUGUGUUGGAGGCAUUUCUUACGUUCAGACAUGUCCUGGAAACGGAAUUUUCGUUGACACCAAAUGCGUUACUCCCCAAGAUGUUAUUGGAUGCGAUACAACUACUUCCACCACGAUGAGCAGUUCCACAACCACUGUUAGCACAACCGCGGCCAGUACGACAGCUACUGUUUCUAGUGUUGCACCAUUUACCUGCCCAACUCCCGAGGGAUUUUACCCAAUACCCGGAGCUUGCAGCGCAGACUAUUUCAUUUGCGUAUCUGGGUCUCCAUACGUCCAAACUUGCCCAGCGGGAAUUUUUGAUCCAGUUUUAUUGAAAUGCGUCCUUCCUGAGACAGCGUCACCACCCUGCACAGUAACCACAAUACCCCCUACAACCACCCCUACCACUACACCGACUACUACACCAACCACUACACCAACCACUACACCGACUACUACACCGACUACUACACCAACUACGACCACAGCUGCUCCAUUUGUCUGCCCUGGAAGUGGACAAUACCCUUAUCCGGGAAGCUGUACUUUGUAUUACGUCUGUGGAGGCGGAACUUAUUUCGUCGCCAGUUGCCCCAUUGGACAAGUAUUUAACCCCAAAACACAGUACUGUGAGCCUCCUAUUAAUGUUCCAGGCUGCUAUUUUAGCUUCGUCGAUUUCUACCAGGGUAUGAAACUUGUUGGAUUGAAAGGCGGCCAGCCGCAUCAGUGAUUCGAUUGCGAAAUGGUCUCGCGGUCGAGCAAACCCAACAGGUGCUGUCGUAGUAAUUAACUGUUACCAAGGAGCGUAAUAUCGGGUCAUUCACUAAUCAAUUCAGGGUUUGUAAUCAAACUAUCUACUUAGUCCAUUUUGUUUACUGAUAUGAACUGUUAAAAAAAUUUUGCUUUUAGUUUUUUACUAGUCUUGAAUACAUCCCGAAAUACAAGUAUUUUCUGUAUCUGUA